CACCUGCCUCCAGGUGCCCAGAACAGCCCAUCGUGGGGACUUCACCCUCAGCAAGUGGACGCCGUUUGUCCUGCCAGGGCAGGAUGGAGAUGGAUGAGGACCCGGAUAACCUGCCUGCCCAGGGGCAAGGCAAUAUCAUCAUUACUAAGUAUGAGCAGGGACACCGAGCUGGGGCAGCAGUGGACUUGGGGCAUGAGCAGGUUGAUGUUGGAAAAUACACCAAUAACCUCGGGAUUGUGCAUGAGAUGGAGCUGCCCCGCGUCAGUGCCCUGGAGGUGAAGCAAAGAUGCAAGGAAAGUAAACGUACCAACAAGUGGCAAAAGAUGCUUGCAGACUGGACAAAAUAUAGGAGCACCAAGAAGCUGUCUCAAAGAGUAUACAAAGUCAUUCCCCUGGCGGUACGGGGCCGGGCAUGGUCACUUUUGCUAGAUAUUGACAGAAUCAAGUCCCAGAACCCAUGCAAAUAUAAGGUCAUGAAGGAGAAGGGCAAGAGGUCCUCCAGAAUCAUCCACUGCAUCCAGCUAGAUGUCAGCCACACCCUGCAGAAACACAUGAUGUUCAUACAAAGAUUCGGAGUCAAGCAGCAGGAAUUAUGUGACAUCCUCGUGGCCUAUUCUGCAUAUAACCCUGAGGUGGGCUACCACAGGGACCUGAGCCGCAUCACUGCCAUCCUCCUCCUGUGUCUGCCAGAGGAAGAUGCUUUCUGGGCGCUUACCCAGUUGCUCGCUGUAUUCUACAGCCCAAAUACUGCCCGGCUCGAGAGGCUCCUAUCGCACCAGGAGCAGGUGCUGCACAAGUCCUUCCCAAAGAUCAUGAGACACCUGGGCAAGGAAGGGCUGUGCAUUGAGGGUUCCAUGCUGACGAGGCUCCUCCGGUGUUUCCUUGAUGGGAAAUCCUUCGGGCUCACCCUGAGACUGUGGGAUGUGUUCAUCUUGGAGGGCGCGCGGGUACUGACAGCCAUGGUGCAUGCAUCAUUCAAAAUACACAGGAAGCACCUCAUGAAGCUUUCCUGGAGCACUGUCUGGGAGUUUCAGGAGCGACUCUCUCAGAGCUGGACCCUGGAGGACAACGCGGUCCUCAGGAACCUUCAAACCUCUAUGAAGGAACUCACAAAAAAACACUGGGACCUGCCACCCCCAGGGAGCUUGCUACAAAAUGCACAUUGCUAUACCAUAGCCUGGGGCUUGCAAUCCAAGGCUGGCAAGGAUUCCUGCACGUCAAGGGCCUCAGGUGACUUUCAUGCACACCCAAGUCAGAAGGCUCUCCUGAAUCCUGGAUGUCACCUUCCUGCCCAAAAAAGGAGGAACGAGGGUCAACCAGCAGCAGACCAGUCACAAAAAGAGAUGAAAUGUGAGUGCAUGGCCUUCCUGAUACCCAGACAAAACUUUGGGCACAAAGCCAGGCUGCAGCUCUGGCCACUGACUUGGACCAGGGAUGCCCCCAUGCAGGCCGGUGUGCCCUGGCUGCUCUUGAUACCCUCUGGCUCCUGACACCCUCUCUUCGGCUGCCUGCGUUAGGAAGGGAGAACCUGCCAGUUUUCAGAAGAAAAUGUAGCUUUAUUAUAACAUAGGAAAGACUGCAAGUUAUUACGGGAGGAGGAGGAGGCCUGAAACAGCUCCUGAAAAUGAGAGGGAAAAGGAAGGUGUAAAUAUGUUGGUAAUAAAAUCUCCAACCACA